AUGCCCGCCGACAGGACAGAUGAUCCGCUGCAGUCGCCGCAGGAAUCUGAUUCCGAGCAACAGCAACACCAGCAACCCAUAUCUGUCCACAAGAAGCGCUUCGGAAGGUCCCCGCUCUCAUCCAUCUCGACCUUGCCAUACCGGCGUUCAAAUGCCUCGCUCUCGAAUCUCUUCGCCUCGACUUCAUCCCUGCCCACGCUUCCCAAUGCGGGAUCUCCCAGUGCCUCGGGGACGGUGACACCCAUUGCGGGACCCAUCAACGGCUCCGUCUUCUCUCCCACUGGGUCCACAGUACGAUCGCCCUCUCCUACGCCGUCGGGAAAGCAAAGCAGCAAUCAUGUUAGAGACUUGAUCUUGCGCGCGUUCUCUCCACACGUCUCCGUACUGGCCUCUUCGGAUACAGAAGAGUUGGUCAGGCACAAGGGCGUUAAUGGCGGCUUGGUGGACCUUCUGCGACCGUUUGGCGAGCACGUACAGGGUAAAGUAACAAUAAGAGACAGCACUGGAGUCAGCAGAUCAUGGGAGGAUUACGCUGUGCGCUUCACUGGUGUCCAGGAUGGAUUGGAAAGCCCAAGGGUGCAGGACCGCAGAAGUACAGAUUCAGCUGGAAACACGACGGGGCAGAGAACGUCUUUGUUGGAGUUCAAGCCUGCCAGAUUACGGACAGGAGGCGACGUGCCACAGAUAGAAGACUUGGUCGAGCGACACCUGACAUUUGCGGAGGAGCAUUCGGGCCCUGUCGAGGACUACAUCACCAAAGACUUCGGCAUUGCCGAUCCCAAUGCGACAUCACCAUUCUACAACCUCUACCUUCGUCGAAUAUUAUCCGGACUUCCCAUGGCUCCAUCUGAGACGUUCUCCCACCCCGUGGCUCUUGUGAUAGCCAUCUCUUCACGAUCUGCGUCCCCAAUCGAGGAACUUCGCAGCCUCUACGAUUCCUCAAACACAGGCGAGCACCGGUUGCCGCAAUGGGUCCAUAACGAGUUUUUACGCUAUUACGUUCUGAUACAUGACGAGGAUUACGACGAUAUCAAGAAGUCGAUGGCCUUGUACGACCAGAUGAAACGCCAUUUCGGCCUGCAUUGUCAUCUUCUGCGGCUCAGAAGCACGCAGUGCGUGCCCUCGGACGAUGAUAGUGUCAAGCUGCAGCACUGCGAAUGGACUUCUGCAGCCGAGGAGCUCGCAGAGAUCGUCCGUCGCGAAACCUUUGAGGACGAAGAAGACCCAACUCCCUACAUUUUUGAAACAGACGCCACCGCAAUACGAGCCUUCAUACGUGAGAUGGUGACGCAGUCCAUCAUACCUUCGAUGGAGCGAGCGUCAGCGACGUGGAACGAUCAGGUGGCAUCUCGGAGGAGAGGGUUGAGUGGCAGAUUCAUGUCCUUAUCGAAGCGCUUCACGACCUUCGGCAACCGGAACUCUUCGGGACCGACACUUGGUGGAUCUGGAAGCAACUACGACUCCUUGCAAGGCUGUUACAGACCAGACGCUCCCGAGGCCGUCAUGCGCAAGCUGGGUGACUACGCGAUAAUGCUUCGCGACUUUAGGCUAGCGCACGGCAUUUAUGAAAUCUUAUGCCAGGAUUUCAAGAACGACAAAGCUUGGCGACACUAUGCGGGAGCAAACGAGAUGGCCGCAGUCAGCUUGUUGCUUGCAACGGGGGCCUCCAACAAGAUCCGUAUUGAGGGCAUUGACCAGUAUUUAGAGACCGCCUAUUAUUCCUAUGUCACCCGGGCCGGAGCUCCGUACUACGCGCUACGUACACUCAUGCUUGGAGCAGAGCUUCUUAAGAUGCGAACCGGAAACGCUCUUGACGAUGCUGCUCGAUGGUGCAGUCGGAUCCUCGACGAUCGUCUUGUCGGCCCUGUCGGCCGUGUUCUACUCAUGGAGCGCAUCGGCACCUGCUUCAACGAGCGCCGCAAGAUCGGCGGCUUGGAGGGGGUUGACCGACAUCGCAAAGCCGCAUUUUGGUAUACGCUGGCCACCGACGCCUGGGUACGACUGGAAAAGGCUUCACAAGCCGAGAGAUGCCUAUCCGAAGCUAUGGGCCUGUAUGGCUAUGAUGGCCACAACCGCAACGGGUCCGUGGCCUUUGACGGAAUGUCCAUGUUCCUCCUUGCGCUCCAAGAGGCCGUCUCUGACAACCGCGCGGGCGUACACCACAUCGACGGCGAAGAUGUGGUGGGCGAUGAAGAGCCUGAAGAAAUGCAGCAGGAAAAGAACGAAGCACUCGGGCCAGCUCUUGCACCCGGGCAUGGACAUCGGAAGAGUCUGAGCACGAACGUUGUGCCGCGCAUUCGGCCCAUCGAUCCGCUAGGUGCGAUGCCGAGUGCGUACGACGGCACCGGAGGCUCGACGGCAGCACCGCUCAGUCCGCUUGCUGAUUCGCAGCCGCCGCCGCCGCCUCUCAGUCCAAGCGUGGAGCGGAAAGAGAGAAGUCGAGACGAUGGCUUCGAGUGA